AGACGCGCUGAAAAUGGGCAAUGCAUUGUUUUUUGACAAACAGGUGCAGUCCAUAAUAUAGAUGUCAUCUUCGUCUAAGGUCAUUUCUGUUUAGUAAGAAACCGCUGUAUGUGAAUUAAUCUAUACAAAUAUUUUGUCAUCGAAGUAAAGUCCAGUUCAAAUCCGUCAAUUGUAGAACUGCGUUCAUUCUGUGUCGCAUCACUCUUUCCUUGACAUCGAAGUUGCAGUAUUCUUUGACUCUGAGAAAUUUGGAGACCACCAUGAUCCUCAUAACUCCCACAUCUGAAAAGUGAUGUCCAUUGGAAUUGACGCAGGGUCUGAAUAGGUUAAAUAAGAUGAAGAGUCGCUUGAAAUCGACUGGCUUUGGAAUCACAUCAAGUUCAGCAUUAUUCCAGUACGCUAACAAAAUGCUCCUAAUCGAACAUGCUAAUUGGGUGCAUCUGAAGGAGUUUGCCCGUAAAAAUGCUGCCAAUGCCCUUUCUGUUGCCAACAUGAUCAUGGGCAUGGCCUCAAUCCUCUGCAGUCUCAGCGGCCAUCACCAUGCCGCGUGCUGGCUGGUUUUGAUCGGUUACUUGUUGGAUUUGGCAGACGGAGCAGUUGCUAGGCAACUGAAUGCAUGCUCUGCACUGGGGGCAAAGUUGGAUGAUUUUGCUGAUUUUACAACAUUUGGUAUCGCAACAUCCCUACUCUUAAGGACACCAAGUCUGCUGGAUAAUAUCCUGUGCAUGUCCUACGUGAUGUCGGUCUUUGUUCGUCUCUGCUUCUUCUCUAGUGGAAUCCCCUUCAUGUACCGUGGCCUCCCAUGCAUCUACUCAUCUGCCAUCCUAGCCUGUGUCUCUCUGCUGACUGGAGGGAAUAUGGCAGUACUGAGAAUUAUAGCACUGGCCAUGAUUCCUUUUAUGGUCAGUCAGAACUUUUAUCCACAUGACAGAAUACUGGAGUCUCAGGCCUGGAAGAAGGUGGUCUACAUUGGAGGAAUUGCCAUGGUGUUUUGCUCUUCCUUCCCUCCAGCAUGUGUGUACUACUUGUUAUGGUCUGUUUCCUACAUAUUGUUUCCAACAGCUCUGUGGAGCUGCAAAGUGUAAAUGUGUAAUGGCCUUAAAGGCCUUGUCCUAAAGGCUAACUCUUCAUGUUUGAAGAAGGUCUGUGCAGCUUGUUGGAAUCCCCUGCUGCUUCUUGAAAACCAAUUUGGAUUUUUUUUUUUACCAUUUUUAAUUUGAGGUGAUAAACAUAAAACUGAUUAAAUCUACCUUAUCUGAAUAGCUGAUUUUGUUUCAUCGUUAUGAAAGAGAAAUGCUCUUUGCCUCGGCAUUACACAUCUUGUCAUGUGUUUAAAUGAUCAGAGCAUCAAAUGUUAUUGCACAGUACACAUGUGUACUGAAUGUAGAAACGCUGAAGAGGCAAGAAGCAGGGUAGAGAUUGUCAAAUUUGCUGUGGAAUUUAUAUUUGUAGAAUUACUGCUCUUGGGUUAUUGUUGAAGAGGUAGAUCAGAACAAGUUUUUCAUGUGUAUCUAAGGUAUCAACUGAUUUUUUUUUUCUAUUUGGUUUAUAACUUGUAAAAAGCAAAUUCUUCUAAAACAGUUGAAUAUAGGAAUAAUCGGUGUCAGAAUAUUCAAAACUCAGCUCUCAAUCAUGAAAAAAUUUCUGCUUUAUUGAUUUAUUCUGAUAAUGUUGCAUUGCCCUUGACAUGAAAUUGUGAAUUUCUAACUACUCUAAAGGGAAUUGUAUCCUCCUGAUCUGUGUAAUUAGGCUGCAUAUAAAAACUGCAAUUAUCAUUUACUUAUCUAAUGCCUGGUUCAAUAAUGACUUUAAAUACUGUACUGUAUGUCCCAUAUUGUAUAAGGUAGGAAUUCAAAACAAAUGCCAGGCAACAGUGUCAAGAAUAGUUUAAUUUGCAGUUUAAAUUGACAAAUGAGUGUAGCAUCCCGCCAAAGCAUUUUGCUGGAAUAUGUCUGUGCAUGUUGGUCUCUGUUUUAAGGGGCCGUGCUUCCUCACUCACAGUUAUCUUGGAGUUAUUGCUUAUGUUUAGCGAGUGAUCUUCCAUUAGAUUUGCUUUGUACCGUGUACAGGUUCAAUGGGAGAUUGGUGCCCUGCAAAAUAACAGUAUUGAGGCAUUAUUUUGUGUUCUGUGCACCACUUGUGGUUACCUUUUAUUAAAAUUUUGUGGUGGUAAUAAUAAA